AUGGCUAAGAACGAGCAGGUCCUAAUCUUAGAACCUGCCAACGAAUUGAAAUUUCGAGGUCCUUUUGUAGAUGUGGUAACAGCAAACUUAAAAUUAACCAAUCCCACAGGUCGUAAAAUAUGCUUCAAAGUAAAGACCACAGCUCCCAAGCGGUAUUGUGUGAGGCCAAACAGUGGGCUUAUCAAACCCAAGGAAUCUGUAACUGUUGCAGUAAUGUUGCAACCCUUUGAGUAUGAUCCAGCAGAGAAGAAUAAGCACAAAUUUAUGGUACAAACUAUGUUUGCACCUGAUGGAGAAAUUGAAAGUCAAGAUUUAUUGUGGAAAGAUGUUUCUCCAGAAAAUUUGAUGGAUUCAAAGCUUAAAUGUGUAUUUGAAAUGCCAACAACAGAGAACAAUGUGGAUGUUCAUGAAGAUGCUGUUAAGCCAAUCAAUCUGAAACCAGUACAGACAGAGCGACAGGCAUCUCCCAAAGUGAACAAUGUAGAAGUGGAACUGCGAAAAGCCUCUGAUGAAAAUAAAAAAAUGAUGCAGGAAAUUUGUCAACUGAGAGAAGAAAAUACUCAGCUUAAAGAUGAAAGAGUGCGCUUGCGUCGGGUUGCCAUGACAGAAACCAUAAGCUCUACACCACAAUCCAGCUCGUCUCAGUUAUCAUCUACGUCAGGACAGGGCAGCCAGGGCACUGCACUUCCUCCCAUUGUCUAUUUGUUGGCAGCGCUCUUAGUUGGGCUUCUCCUGGGCAAGUUACUGCUGUAA